AUUGCCAGCUUUUAUUCUGAGAGGAAGAUGUGCAAAAAGGUUUAGCCAAAUCAUUUUAAAAUAAAUAAACUGCAUCAGUGGCUUUCUCCACCUUUCUCUGCUAUCUAGAAAGCAGAGUGUCAGAGAGUCAGUGAGGACAUGAGGAUGGGACUCACUUUAGUUUGUGUGCCGGGGCUUUUCUUGAUGAAUAUUCUCCUCUACUGUGGACACGCUCAAGAGACUUCGCUGUCCAUUGAUCCAAACAGGUCCACUUUCUUUACUGGAGAGUCUGUUACCUUCACAUGUGACGUGAGGAUGGGAGAACCUUUCAACAAUCCCAAACUCUGGGAUUGUUCAAUCAUUAGGAAUGGUCAUAAGUUUCUCUCCAACACUUUAAAUAAGAUAUCUAUAUCUCUAACUCCAGAAUACAGUGGUGAAUACCAAUGUGUUGCAACUUGCAAGAUCGUCUCACUGAUAAGAAUAGAAAGUAAUACAAUCUCUAUAACUGUAUCAGAUAAACCCAAGCCGGUCCUCACUGUGUCUCCAUUGUGGCCGAGUCCUGGAGACUCAGUGACUCUGACCUGCAGGGUUGAACAUCCAUCUGCAGGAUGGAGGUUCUUCUGGUACCAGGUUGUUCCCAAACUGGAGUCCUACAGCUAUGAGCUGCUACCUGGUAGCUCCACUGGGACUGAAGAGGACUCCUUCAUUGUUCAUGGACAGACGCACACAGCAGGAUAUGUGUGCAGAGCUGGAAGAGGAGAUCCAUUGUUCUACUCUUCGUAUAGUGAACCUCAGUUCAUCUGGUCUGGAGAUUUCCAUCCAGCAGCGUCUCUCACAGUGAGUCCUCCCAGAAUGCAGUUCUUCAGCAAAGAUUCACUGUCACUGAGCUGUGAGGGAAACUCUACUGAGUGGAGAGUGAGAAGGUUUAUUAAAUAUGACCACCUGGCAUAUUGUUCUUCCUGGGGAACCAUGACUGGAUCUACAUGCAGCAUCAACUCUAAUGGGAUUAGUGGAGUGUACUGGUGUGAGUCUGAAACAGGACAGUUCAGCAAUGCAGCCAACAUCACUGUACAGAGCGGUGAUGUCAUCCUGGUGAGCUCUGUCCAUCCUGUGACUGAGGGACAUUCUGUCACUCUCAGCUGCAGGUUGAGGACAGAAAAGGUUCUUUAUAGCGUGGAUUUCUAUAAAAAUGGCAAACUCAUCUCAAAUGAUGCCAGCGGGGAGCUGUUUAUCUCUGAAGUUACAAAGUCAGAUGAAGGUUUUUAUAAAUGUGAAGGAAGAGAUUCAUCACAAGGUUUCAGGAGUUUGAAGUCACCAAAGAGUUGGUUGUCAGUUAAAUCUGCAACAACAAGCUCUCCAGUUCCCGUGCUGUUGGUUGUUGGUCUGGUUUGUGGAGUUUCACUGAUUAUUCUGCUGCUGCUGGUUCUGUAUUGCUACAGAAAGUCAAAAGAUUCACGCCUCGUGAGGUCUCAGAGCACCAAUCAGAGCCCAGCUACAGACCACAUGACCAACCAGGUUGAAACUCAAAACAAUGCAUAUGCCUCUCUUCUCCAUGGUGAUUCUUGUCUCUAUGAAACAAUCAGAGGCUCUGAAGAACCUGGACAUGGGAACAAUAAUGAACCAGAGGAGAGCGUUUACUCCAAUGUGACGAUGGGAACAGCUGCAGGUCAAUAACACAUCUUUAUGGACAGAACCAGAGAAUGGAUGACAACAUGAAAAACCACAUCCUGGUCUUUUUUUAUAAUUAUUGUGUGAACUUCUUCCACACAACUCAAACACCAACUGAAAGACUUGUGAAAAUAUCAUAAUCAUCAUUUUGUCAGGAGUCAGC